UGGACAUUUUAUAUCAGGCUAGAAAAAAACGCCGCGACCUAUUUGAUGCCACGAGUACCUACGACUAGCAUCACAACCUACCUUCAACCUACCUACGACCGCCUACGACCUCACGACGACCAUGCUGCGAGUAUAAGUCAAGGGCAAACUCGGCAGAGGUCGUGUAUUAGGUCGUGAAAGUGGGACAGGGCUUCACACAGUUGAAGCAGAGACAAUAAACAAAGCAAUUCCCCAACGCACUCUAAUCGCUAAUGAAGAUUCAUUUUAAUUUAGAGGAAGCGUAACACUUUAACGACAUCGCACUGAAGCUUGAGUUUCUGAUUUUUUUUUUAGGUUUUACUUUCUUCCCUAAAUCCAGGUCAGAUAAUUGGAUGCGAUCAAGUAAAUACUUUUCAUGUCCAAAACACAAUGCUGGUAAUCAGGAAAGUGCUGGAUUUGAUGUGGGUUCAUUAGCGGAACUGCCUUAGAAGGAAAUAAACGACAAUUGACACCGCCUUCACAAGAUUUAAAGCUGAUUAAAAAAAAACAGUCUUUCCUCAGACAUUUCUUCACUUCCUCCUUCCCCGCUGGGCUCAGUGCACAAGACGGCACUUCAUUAAAGAAUUCAAACACAGAAACGCUGGCAUCGCUCAGGGGUCAGGCAGUCUUUCAGUGUCGACAGAAGUAAAUGAUUCAGGUUUGCAGAUAAACCCGUAUAGGUCAGUCGGUGAAAGAGUCAGAUGCCGUUUUGGUCAGCCAUGGGCUCACGUGACUACAACUCCACAGACAGCUGCCACGUGGAUUCGGAGUUCCGAUACGUGCUCUUCCCCGUGGUCUACACCGUGGUCUUCAUCCUGGGGAUCCUGGAGAACUGCUACGUGCUGUGGAUCUUUAAAUAUCUCACCCCCAACUCCAACAUCAACGAGAUCAGGAUCUUGAUGGUGAAUCUCAGCGUUGCCGACCUGCUCUUCAUCCUGACCCUUCCCUUUUGGGUGGUCUACUACGUCCAGAAGGGGAACUGGACCUUCUCCGACUUUUCCUGCCGCUUGGCUGGCUGUCUGUUCUUUAUCAACACCUACUGCUCCAUAGCGUUCCUGGCAGUGAUCAGUUACAACAGGUACUGUGCCGUGGCCUAUCCCAUUGAAACCAGCCUGAGGUCGGGCAGGAAGAGGGGCUGCAUCAUAUCGAUGGUCAUCUGGCUGAUAAUCAUUGCCAGCUCCUUGCAGUUCCUGAUUCAUCCGGGGACCAACAAAGAAGUUGGCAACGUCAUCCGAUGCUUCGAGGGGUACAAGACUCAAGGUUCCACGCCCGUGGUGACCAUUCACUUCCUGCUGAUCGGCGCAUUCUUCUUGGCCUUCCUGGUGGUCAUCGUGUGUAACGCGCGCAUCCUCUGCAUGUUGUCCUUGCGGGCAGUUCAGCCGAAGAAGAGCUGGAAGGUGCGGAGGCAAGCCUUCCGCCUGGUGUGCAGUGUGAUCGUGGUCUUCCUGGUCUGCUUUGUGCCCCACCACCUGGUGCAGGGGCCAUGGACGCUAACCGUGCUGAGGCUGUGGCGGAAGGAUGACUGCCUCUUCCGCAGCAAGGUGGACGUUGCCCACCAGAUCACCCUGUGCCUGAUGGGCCUGAACUGCGUGCUGGACCCCAUCAUAUACUGCUUCAUCACCCACAAGUUCAGGAAGUUCAUCCAACGCAGCAUGAAGGGCUGGACUUCCACUCCGAAGAGCUUCCGCACCAUGACCGUAAAUGACACAAAUCUGGGAGAAAUGGGCCAACAAAACAGCACCCUGCGAUAAAUCUGAUUCCGGAGUGUCCGGGGUGUAGAGGGACGAACCGCAGAUGCUGGUUUAAACCGAAGGUAGACACAAAAUGCUGGAGUAACUCAGCGGGACAGGCAGCAUCUCUGUGGAGAGGAGGGAUGGGUGACGUUUCGGGUCAGGACCCUUCUUCAGACUGGUUAGGGAUGAACAGAUCCAUCAGUGAUGCUGCCUGUCCCAAUGAGUUACUCCAGCACUAUAGUGUUGUGGACAAGAUUCCUGCAUCUGCAGUUCCCUGUGUCUGUCAGUUUUCUCUGGAGGGUCGGCUAUGGAGAGAGUUAGUAGCCUCGAAUUCCAGGGUGAUCGCGUCUCUCAGAUGACCUGUCAUGGGCCCAGAAUCGGAUGUCAAAGAGUGACACAGCAGGGUAACAGGCCCUUCCUUGGCCCACCUCGUCUACGUUGACCAAGAUGAACUAUGUCUAAGCUAGUCCAACCUGCCCACGUUUGGCUCAUAUCCCUGUAAACUUUUCCAAUCCAGUCUUAGUACUAUCAAUAGUCAAUAGUCUAUUUAAUUGUCAUUUGGACCCCUGGAGGUCCAAAUGAAAUGCCGUUUCUGCAGCCAUACAUUACACACAAAUAGACCCCAGACACAACAUAAUUACAUUUUACAUAAACAUCCAUCACAUAGCUGUGAUGGAAGGCCAAAAAAGCUUAUCUCUCCACUGCACUCUCCCCCCCACCCCCGAUGUCAGAGUCAAAGUCAAAGCCCCCAGCUGGCGAUGGCGAUUGUCCCGCGGCCAUUAAAGCCACGCCGGGUGGUGCGAGGUCGCACACCGGGUCUUGGUGUUAAAGACCCCGGCGUGCGCUCGCAGAGUCCCGCGGCCAUUCCAAGCCGCGCGGGGCAGUGGUGUUAGGCCCCGCUCCAGGAGCUCUUCGACCCCGCAACUCGGACGGGAGAAGUCGCCGUUGCAGGAGCCCCGAAAAGCGGUCUCCCUCCAGGGAUCCGCGGGCUCCCGGUGCCGCCGUCCGCAGACCCGCAGUAGCAGCCUCCGCAUCAGUAGCAGCAGCGGCAGCAGCGGCAGCGCUCCUCCACCGCUCCACCCGCUCCGGUCUCGGCCAGCUCCGCGACGGCGACGGUGAGUCGUAGCACCAGAGUCCCCGGCUUCUUCCUGUUGGAGGCCGCUCCUCGUUGCGGCCCCAACGACAACUGAGACCCGACGAGAAAAAGUCGGGUCUCCAGUGCAGGGAGAGAUUCAAAAGUUUCCCCCUUCCUCCCACCCCACCCCCGCCCCCCACACACACACACCCCAACAUAAAAUAACAAAAACUACAUAAAAACACAGACAAAAAAUAAUAAAAACGCGGACAGGCUGCAGAGGCCGCUGCUGACCAGAGUCGCGCCGCCUACCGCCUACUACAGUGUUUAAGAAGGAACUGCAGAUGCUGGAGAA